UGGUGCUUAACUUCCAGCCAUUCGCUCGGCCACUAUCAAUCGAUCAGAGAGCGGAAGAUGGCGGCGCGACGAGGCUGAGCACUGAGAUCGAUCACCGAAACACUCGAUUGGACGGAUCAGCUGAAGUCUGGAAAAGCUAGAAACUCGUCCAUUAUAUAAGGAUACUGUGGCCUUAAGUGCUAUAGUCUGCUGCAUCAGUUAUGGACUUUCCUUGGCACAGUGGGAAAGUCCUUGGGCAACUUAAUGAACAACGUCAAUUGGGUCUUCUUUGUGACUGCACUUUUGUGGUGGAUGGAGUAGACUUCAAAGCCCACAAGGCUGUGCUGGCAGCAUGUAGUGCUUACUUCCGCACACUCUUUUUGGACCAGAAAGAUGUUGUUCAUCUUGAUAUCAGCAAUGCAGCAGGUCUUGAGCAGGUCCUUGAGUUUAUGUACACCGCAAAGCUGACUUUGAACCCUCAGAACAUAGAGGACGUUAUUGCUGUAGCUACUUUCCUUCAAAUGCAGGAAAUUGUCAAUGCUUGUUCAGCUUUUCAGUCCUUGACUGUCCCUUCAUCAACCAAACCUGUAGUAGUAACUGAGCCGGUGGAGGAGCAGCCGAGAUCUGUGAAUAAUCCGGAGGAUGCAAGUUCCCAGGAGGAGCAGGAGAGUCAUUCAGUGACUCAGAAUGAGGUUCCUGAAGUGAAGGAAACUCCCUCACAGUCGGAAACAACAGAAACCCAGGAGACUGUGAGCAACAUGACUGAGAAACAAAGCACAAAGUCUCUGAGAGCUGUCAGCAAAAUUAGUGGGCUGUCCAAAACGAGACAAAAAAAAGCCAGUCUCUUGGAUAGUAAGGCAGAAACAGAGGAAGAGAGAGCCACAAAAGAGAUUCCACCCUACCAAGAUGACCCUUCUGAUGCAGACUACACUCCUAAUCUCUCACAGAGGAUGGCGGCUAAACGGUCGUAUGUUAGCACAAGGAGAAGCAAGUCGAAAUAUGCAACCGUUCACACAUCUGCACAAGCUGAUGACACAGAGGAAAGUGUGUCAAAAACUGAGAGCGUGGAGAACGUGGUACAAGAAGAGGAUGAAGGAGAGGAUGAAGGAGAAGAGGAGGAGGAGCAGGAAGAAGGAGAUGAGGAGAUGGACACAGAAGAUGGAGAAACGACGGGUUCGGAGGGGAAGCAGUCUGCGACCGCAGCUGAGCGCAGUGAGUCCAGAGCAUAUGGCUCCAUCAUACACAAAUGUGAGGACUGUGGGAAGAAAUUUACACACACAGGCAAUUUUAAACGUCACAUGCGCAUCCACACUGGUGAGAAGCCAUUUAGUUGCAGAGACUGUAACAAAGCCUUCUCAGACCCAGCUGCCUGCAAAGCACAUGAGAAAACACACAGUCCUCUAAAGCCAUACUGCUGUUCCACUUGCGGAAAGAGUUAUCGGCAAAUCAGUCUGCUGAACCUACACCGGAAGCGACACACAGGAGAGGCACGGUACAGCUGUGAGGAUUGUGGGAAGCUCUUCACCACUUCUGGAAACCUAAAGCGGCAUCAGUUGGUGCACAGUGGAGAAAAACCCUACCACUGUGACUACUGCGAACGGGCCUUUUCUGACCCCACUGCCAAGAUGCGACAUCUAGAGACCCACGAUACUGACAAAGGUCACAAAUGUCAACACUGUGACAAGAAAUUCAACCAGUUGGGGAACCUGAAAGCACACCUGAAGAUCCACAUUGCAGAUGGGCCACUUAAGUGUAAGGAAUGUGGGAAACAGUUCACCACCUCAGGCAACCUGAAGAGACACCUGCGUGUGCACAGUGGUGAAAAGCCUUUUGUCUGUAUGCACUGCCAGAGAGCCUUUGCCGACCCUGGGGCCUUGCAGAGACAUGUGCGCAUCCACACAGGGGAAAAGCCCUGUCUGUGUCUGAUUUGUGGAAAAGGCUUCACACAGGCCAGUUCACUGAUUGCUCAUGUUCGCCAACACACUGGGGAGAAACCGUAUGUGUGUGACCGCUGUGGAAAAAGGUUUGUCCAGUCCAGCCAGCUGGCCAAUCACAUCCGUCAUCAUGACAAUAUCCGACCACACAAGUGCCACACCUGUAACAAAGCGUUUGUCAAUGUGGGAGAUCUCUCAAAGCAUAUCAUCAUUCACACAGGGGAGAAACCUUUCCUGUGCGAUAAGUGUGGCCGAGGAUUCAACCGUGUGGAUAAUCUGCGUUCCCAUGUGAAGACGGUGCACCAAGGGAAGGCGGGCAUGAAGAGACUGGUGGUGGCUGAGGAGGAUGACGAGGAGGAGAAGCUGCUGCCUGACUCUGCCACCGGCUCAGAGCUCGACAAUAACGAAGUCAACAUUGUCACGGUUACUACAGAUGACAUUGUGACUUUGGCCACAGAGGCUCUGGCUGGCAGUACUGUAGCACAACUCACAGUGUUGCCAGUGGCAACCUCUGUAUCCGCAGAUGAAACUGAGGCACUGAAAGCAGAGAUCACCAAAGCGGUGGAGAAAGUCCAAGAAGCAGAUCCCAACACCCAGAUCUUGUAUGCAUGUGACUCAUGUGGUGAGAAGUUCCUGGAUGCCAGCUCUCUCGCCCAGCACGUACGCAUUCACACUGCCCAGGCCCUGGUCAUGUUUCAGGCGGACUCUGACUUUUAUCAGCAGUACGCAGGAGACGGCACAUGGCAAACCACCGAGCAGGUCAUCCAGGGAGGGGAGCUCUUGUUCCGGACACGGGAAGAGGACAGCGAGGAAGGAGAAGGAGCUCUAGCCCAGCCAGAAUCUCAAACCGAGGGGGCAGAGGAGGAGACCAGUUCACAGGCAGAGACAGAGGAGGGGUCUGGAAAGGUGUAGUCUGGAAGCCAAAAACAGUGAAGAGUUUCUGACCUGAAUUAGCCCAUUGAGAGUUAAAAGGAAAGAGAGAUCCACAUGGAGUUUAGACUGUAACAAAGUGUAUAAUAUUUCUCAUCAGAGGUAUGGUUAUUACUGAUUAACAUGCUAUAAUUAAACACACUCAUAUUUUGAAAAUGCUAGGUAGAUGUGAUAAUAUCUCAAACCACAGCACUAUUAAAAGUACAUUGUAUAGAGUUAAGUUUAAAUAAAAAAGAAAAAAUGUAAUUUAAUAUGAACAAAACUUAAUUUGUAAUGCUGUCAAACCUUUUAAUACUGUUGUCUCCCUGUAAAUGUUCUCUGCCAGAUCAUGUAUUCACACUAUUGUAGACUGAGGCCAAUUAAACAUAUGACUGUCGUGCAAGUUUUCAUUUUUCAACAAAUCAGCUACCAAAUUUUUAUUUAUCGAUUCAUUUAUUAGUGAUUUGUGGUUUGUGGAGUUUACUCAUUUUCCACUUGAGCAUAGUACUGCUUGAACAUUUUCAUUUUAAAAUGCAUUCUAGAGAAUGGACUAUUCUUGUUAUUACUACUGUGUGUUGCAAUCAAUCUUUUAUUUUUGAAUAUCACAGCUUUCGUUGUCAAAUACUCUCAUAUAAACUAGUAUUACAAGUGGUCAAGUAUGCAAUUUAAUGGUUUGUUAAUAAAGUACUAUCUUUUG